AAAAAUGAAUAGAGAUGAGAUUUUGGCACUGUUGGUGGCAGAUUUGCGCGAUAAAUUGGCCGAGAUAGGUUUAAAUAGAACCGGAAGAAAAGUUGAAUUGCAAAACAGACUGCUGGCUCACUAUGGUUUUCAAACCGAUCAAAACGAUGAAGAAGUUAGGGAUGAGGGAGAGACUGCAGAUGAGAUUAAUGAAGAGUUAUCAUUUAGAACAGUGGCCUCAAAUAAUGAACAAGCAAGGGGAAAUGAAAGGCGAGAUGAAAAUCCAAUUGGAUCUGGUCAGAGGCGGCAAGCAGACAGUUUUAAUUCAGGAAGGUCAUGGUUUACGUUGAAAGAUGUAGAAGGCAGUGUGUCACAGUUUUCGGGUACAAGUUCACCAGACAUUAAUCAGUGGAUCGAAGAACUCGAGGAGUGUGCACUCACGGUGGAAUGGAACCAAUUACAGGUGUUCAUUUAUGCCAAACAAUUGCUCAGUGGGGCAGCGAAGCUUUUUAUUCGAAGUCAACGCGAUAUUCGUGAUUGGAAUGUUUUAAAGGGUGCAUUGAUCGACGAAUUUGGGGUGAAGGUGUCAUCAGCUGAGAUACAUCGUAGGCUAGGGAAGCGGCAGAAGAGGAAGAACGAAACGUUGCACGAGUAUCUAUACGCUCUGAUGGAGUUGGCAAAGCCAAUAUAUUUUGUCAGCGGGAUUCCAGAUUCUAGUACAAACAAGGCUUUACUGUAUCAAGCUAGGAAUAUGAGGCAAUCGAAGGUGCAAAUUGAGGCAUACCAGAAAAUGACAGGGUCGGUGAGAUCACAAGGGAAGUUUGACUCACACUUCAAUAAAGGAGAAAAAGAGUUAGUGAAAUCAGCGGAAAAGUUUAAAAAGUGUUUUAACUGCGGAGAUGAGUCGCAUAUUAAGCGGGAUUGUCCAAAAAGAGAUAACAGGUGUUUCAGCUAGGACAUAGAGCUGCUCAAUGCAAGGUCGACAUGGCAAUUAAACAGGAGAAAGCAACCAAUCUAGUUCUGGAGAAUGGUAGGACAAAGCCAUCAAGCACGUGCACUUCGUCAGGAUUAGAGUUGAAAUCGGUAAACUACGGAAAAGUUGUGUUUAAAGGAUUGGUCGAUACAGGUGCAGAUUUGUGUCUUCUAAGCAGAAAUGUGUUUUUGAAGCUUGGUAGAGGAAAACUGGCAGGACGUAGUAAAUGUUUAACGGGAAUUGGUGAAAGCCAAAUUAUGACUUUCGGUAGUAUCACAAUACCUGUGCAGAUUGAUGCCAUUGA